UCUGUGUCCACAGGGAGCGAGGUAUCCCAGGAGAGCCUUCUCCUGCACGGCCCCUUCGCCCGGAAACCCAAGCGCAUCCGCACGGCCUUCUCCCCGUCACAGCUCCUGCGGCUGGAACGGGCCUUCGAGAAGAACCACUACGUGGUGGGCGCCGAGAGGAAGCAGCUGGCCAGCAGCCUCAGCCUCUCCGAGACCCAGGUACUGCCCAGCCCACAGCCAGCUGUCCCACUGUCCACCCACCCACCCGUCCAUCCAUCCAUCCAUCCAUCCAUCCGGUGGGAUCAGCUCGGC